AUGGCGAAAUCGGUUGUUUGUAUACCUGGCCAGAAAUUAUGUCGGUUGAGUGAAGAGAAUUGCAAUGGAAAUGGUACUUAUGUACGCAAUGGUUAUGUCUAUUCCAGUUUGGCUGGUUAUUUGUGUACACAAACUGUCAACGAUAAAGUCUUGGUUGAAGUUCGAAGUGCCAAAGAUCAAAAUAUUGUCCCAUCUGUGGGAGCCAUUGUUACAGCUAAGAUCACAAAUGUGAAUCCGAGAUUUUGCAAAUGUUUAAUCCAAAAUGUUGGCCAAACACAAUUACGAGAACCUUUUCGUGGGAUGAUCAGGAAAGAAGAUGUUCGUGCAACAGAAAAGGACAAGGUGGAGAUGUACAAUUGUUUUCGACCUGGUGAUAUAAUUGUAGCCAAAGUUUUGUCAUUGGGAGAUGCUCAUUCCUACAUUCUGACCACAGCGGAAAAUGAACUUGGAGUUGUCUUAGCCACAAGUGAUGCAGGUUACACGAUGGUUCCUAUAAGUUGGUGUGAAAUGCAGUGUCCGCAUAGUUUGAUGAAGGAACAACGAAAAGUAGCCAAAGUGCAGCAACAAUACAUUGAAUAUGCAGAUAAUAAAACAUAA